AUGAAACGGAGUUAUGGAAGAAACUCCCCUGAAGAGGUGCGUUGCCCUCACAUUGCUCUAGAUGUACUCGGGCAGUGUCACAGCAGUGCCUGUGUGGAGAUUGGCAACACGCGGGUGAUAUGCGCCGUUCACCACCCACAGCAACUCGUGGAUGAAUACCGUGGCAAUCGUGGACGGGUUGCCUGCACUGUGCGGAGAUCCACAUCUGCGGCUCAACGUGGAUUAAACGCUCGUGCUGUUGUCACUCCCGAAAAAGAUAUGGCCCUUGCCUUGGAAGGAGUGGCAGAGCAAGUGAUGAUGCUGGAAAAGAUACCACAGUUGUUGGUGGAAGUGGUGGUGGAGAUCCUCGCGGAGGAUGGGGCGGUGUGGGAUGCAGUCACCACAAGUAUGAGUGCCGCCUUAGCACGUGGGGGAUUUGAAAUGUACGAUAUCUUUUCCGCCUGUAGUGCUGCUCUACUUCAGGAUGGUGCUUUGGUAACGGACCCGGAUGCGGGAGAGGAAGGGAAUGCGCGGGCAACAGCCCUUGUGUGUAUGAUGCUUAACUCGGGAGAAGUUUGUUAUCUUUUACAUCGGGGUUUGUGUGAACCUGGAACGGUAACAGAACUCGUUACAUCCGCGUUAAAAGGUGGUUUGUCGCGUAGAUCAGAGAUUUCAACACAGUUGAGCCAACAAACUACUUUGUGA